UUGUACAGUAGGCACAGAGAUUCACAUCGCCUGUUGAAUCUCACUUUGCUCUCUUUACGUGUCUUUUGGCUCAGACUAUCAAUCAGGAUGAAGUGUGUUAUGAUAUUUCUUGUGUUGACGCUGGUUGUCCUCAUGGCCGAACCUGGGGAGUGUUUCUUUAAACGUCUGAAAGCCAUGUGGAGAGGUGCAAAACAAGCAUCAAGAGAUUACAAAUACAAUCGUGACAUGAAGAAGAUGGAGAUAAGGUAUGGACCUAACUGGCAGAAUAAAGAAGGAGGCAGUGCCAACCCGCCACCUACACCACCUGAACCUUAUCAGCGCUGAAUUGAUACAAAAACAGCUAUAUUGUUUUGGGGCUAAACGCAUAGCCCUUUAGAUUCAAUAGCUUUGUGCUUCGCAAUGCAGAAAGCCAAUGGAGAGGCAAACCAGUAAAAUCAGAUAAUAUGAGGAUGAUGAAGCCCAGAUAUAAUUGGUUUUGAAAAAAGUGAAAUGGCUUGCUAUUGCAAACUGUCCUGAUGAAUAAAACCACAAAGCAAAACAUCAAA